AUGUUGGCUUUUAGAAGAACGUUUGGAAAAGUUUCUCAUAUACGUCACCAAAUUGUUCGAUUAGGAAAAAGAAGGGCAAGUGGUCACAGCGAUCACGGCCAUCACGGACCAGAAUGGAACGAACCAAGUGGUCAUUUAUUUGGUGAAAAGCCGUUACCACCAGGUCAAAAACGCGUUAAGGAAGAUUGGGAAAAUGUUUGGGUGUAUGGCAUGGGUGGUUGUUUUUUACUAGUUACCGUUUUCGCUCUUUAUAAACCAAAUACUAGCAUACAAUCUUGGGCAUUAAUAGAAGCUCAAAAGAAAUUAGAUGAACGUGGUAUAUCCUUAGAAUAUCCCCAUACUGAAAGGAAAUGGUAA